GCCGGUAAAUCUUCGACAGAAGCAUCAGAUCUUCUGGACUUACCGACGUAGUCACAACUACCUAUCCUCAUUCAACAUGGUUGCGAAGUUCGUCGUCGUCCUCGCCUUCGUGGCAGUGGCCUCCGCCAGUUCCCUGUCCAGCUUCUCCUACGGCGUGGCUGACCCCUACACCGGCGACUUCAAGAACCAGGUCGAGACCCGCGCCGGAGACAACGUCCAGGGACAGUACUCCCUCCUCGAGUCGGAUGGAACCCGCAGGACCGUCGACUAUGCUGCCGGCGCUGGUGGCUUCAACGCCAUUGUCAGGAAGGACCCUGCUCUGAUCGCUGCCGCUCCCAUCUCUUACGCUGCCCCCAUCUCUUACGCCGCCCCCAUCUCUUACGCCACUCCUUACGCCUAUGGCGCGUAUCCUUACGCCAGAUUCGGAUACCCCUACGGACGAUUCUACUAAACUGUACUAGGCAUCUCUAAUUGGCACCGAUUUUGUAAAUAAACAGAUUCUAUUUCAA